ACAAAAGGUGGAGGGGCACCCAGUUGGACGAAAGUUUUCUUUCUGAAGCAUUUCUCUCUUUCAUCCUACAAUCUUUGAACUUACUCGUGCAUCAACAUGGGUAAAGGUGUCAAGGGUGCCGCCUCCGGCGAGCAACAUGAGAACAUUGAGAUGUUUGACGCUGCCCAGCAGGGUAGCUACCAGGACCGUCGCGACAUGACCAAGGACCAGAUGGAAGACGCUGUUCGCUCGGGAAGUGUCCCUCACGUCAAUACGAGCGAGGCUGUCGAUAUCGCGAAGCAAGGUGGUUGGGAGGUCGAUGCUCUCAUGACCGAGAUGCAGAAUGAAAUCGACGCACAAGGUGGAGACCACAACGGCCAUUUCGACCUCGAAUUCGCCAACCCAAAAUACUUCACAUUUCUCAUUGUAGCCUUCGCUUCCAUGGGUGGUAUGCUUUCUGGUCUCGAUCAAUCGCUCAUCUCUGGUGCCAAUCUGUUUCUUCCUGAGGACCUUGGUCUCAAUGACCGCCAGAACAGUUUGGUAAACUCUGCCAUGUCCCUCGGUGCCGUCGGUGGUGCCAUCAUUCUCUCUCCAGCCAACGAGUACCUUGGACGUCGCUGGGCUAUCAUCCUCUCGUGUAUUCUUUACACUAUCGGUGGUGUUCUUGAAGCCGCUGCCAUGAACUAUGGCAUGAUUAUCGCUGCCCGUAUCAUCCUUGGAUUCGGUGUUGGUCUCGAGGGUGGUACCGUCCCUGUCUACGUUGCUGAGACUGUCGAGAGAAGACUUCGUGGAAACAUGGUCUCUCUCUACCAGUUCAACAUCGCUCUGGGUGAGGUUCUUGGUUACGCCGUCGCAGCCAUGUUUGUUACCGUGGACGGCAACUGGAGAUACAUUCUAGGCUCCUCGCUCGUCUUCUCCACCAUUAUGGGUAUCGGUAUGCUCUACAUGCCCGAAUCACCUCGUUUCCUUAUGCACAAGGGAAAGCCUGUUGAAGCCUUCAAGGUCUGGAAACGUAUCCGUGGUCUCAAGACUCUGGACUCUCGUGAGGAGUUCUACGUCAUGAAGAUGUCUCAGGAGCAAGAGGACGAGGAGGUCGCUGCCGGACGUGGUAGCGCCAAAUACCCCUGGAUGGAUCUCUUCACACAGCCCCGCGCACGUCGCGCCUUUGUCUACGCCAACAUCAUGAUCUUCUUGGGACAAUUUACUGGUAUCAAUGCUAUCACUUACUUCAUGAGUACUUUGAUGCAGAACCUGGGCUUCGACAAGUACCAAUCCAAUUACAUGUCCCUCGUCGGUGGUGGUUCGCUGCUGAUCGGUACCAUCCCUGCUGUUCUUUACAUGGAAAGAUGCGGUCGUCGCUUCUGGGCCAUUUCCACGCUACCUGUCUUCUUCAUCGGACUGAUCAUCGCUGGUGCGUCGCAAUACGCUGGCGGUCAGAACGCCCAGAUGGGUGUCUACCUGACCGGUUUGGUGAUUUACGAAAUUUUCUUCGGAACUUAUGCCUGUUUGACCUGGGUCAUUCCCGCUGAGUCUUACCCUACCUACCUCCGAUCAUACGGUAUGACCACGAGCGAUGGAUGGCUCUUCCUUUCGUCCUUUAUCGUCACAUACAACUUUACUGGUAUGAGCAAAGCCAUGACCAACAUUGGCCUCACUGCCGGUUUCUACGGCGGCAUUGCCUUCUUGGGCUUCUUCUACCAGCUCUUCUUUAUGCCUGAGACCAAGGAUAAGACCCUGGAAGAGAUUGACUUGAUCUUUUCUCAACCAACCAGCAAACUCGUGGCCCAAAAUUGGAAGAACGUCAAGGAGACCACCAACGAUCUACUUCGCUUCAGAUUCAAGAAGGUCUUCAUCGACGCACACGAUGCUCCUGCUGUCGACUUCUCGCAGGGUAAGCAAGAGGUCGGCCAUCAGGCAUAAGCCGUUGAAAUGAAUUGGGCUGGCUAUACCAAUCAUUGAACGUGGAAGACGCUAUCA